UCGGCCUGCCCCGGUUUAUCAUCCAUUUCCUCUCUCCGCACUUCACCAUCGUUCCUCGAUCUCCAAUGGACGUCCGCGAGCAAUCGCCGCCCACCGAUUCCUCCGCCGACUCAGGGCCCAGCUCGGACUGGGCCGAGUUGACUCACGAGUGCCUGAUCAACAUCCUCUCUCGCCUCACCUUGGAGCAGCUGUGGACGGGGCCCUUGCUCGUCUGCAAACCGUGGCUUCGCGCUUGCAAGGACCCCUGUCUCCACUCCUCCUUCGAUCUCGAGACCCGAUUCGAGUCGUCCCCCGAGUCGAUCCGCUGGUGGUCGCCGGAGUUCGAGCGGAGGGUCGAUUCCGUCCUCCGAUCGGUCGUGGGCUGGAGCGAGGGAGGUCUCACCGCGAUUCGCGCUCGCCAUUGCUCCGAUCGCGCCCUGUACUUGGUCGCCGAAAGGUGCACGAAUCUCCAGGUUCUUUCGAUCAAGAGCUGCCAAAAUGUCACCGAUGCAUCGAUGGCCAAAAUAGCGUUCCGUUGCACCAACCUCAGGGAACUCGAUAUAAGCUAUUGCUAUGAGGUGUCUCAUGAAUCUUUAGUUCUGAUUGGGAGAAGCUGUCCAAAUCUUAAAGUUUUGAAGAGAAACCUGAUGAACUGGUUAGAUCCUUCCCAACAUGUGGCUGUAGUCCCCAGUGAGUAUUUGAAUGCUUGCCCACAAGAUGGGGAUUCAGAAGCUGCGGCUAUAGGGAAGUUCAUGCCUCGCCUGGAGCACCUUGAGAUACGCUUUUCCAAGUUAACGGCGAAAGGUCUUACCUCCAUUUGCGACGGUUGUAUUGACCUCGUGCACUUGGACUUGUCGGGUUGUGCAAACUUGACUAGCUGUGAUAUCGUGAAUGCAACGUCCAAUUUGAUGAAUCUGGACAUUAUUAAACCAAAUUUCUACAUCCCCCGGUCGGUUUUCCAUGCGGAGAGGUAUGGCCAUUGGAGGUUGUACGAUGAGCGGUUCCAGACGGAUGUUUUCCGAAUCUGAGCAGGCAAGCUGGAAGUAGUUCUCGAGUGAAGCUAGCAAAAUCUGAAUAACUUUGCACGGCUUUUGGUGGGUGGUGGUUGGCAGUGUUUUUACUUUCUGGCCACACAACUUCAUCUUGUGUAUUUAUUUCAGUACUACUCACGAUAUACUUGCCUAUAAUAUGUUGAUCCUUUCUUUUCUGUCCUGCUCUAUUGCAUCCUUCCCCUGGUUGUUCA